UGGAGCAAUCAAACGCCUGUUGCCGCUGUUCGACCGCGUUCUCAUCCAGAAGGCUGAGAUGGUCACCAAGACCAAGGGAGGAAUUGUUAUUCCAGAAAAGCAGCAGAAGGUUCUCAAGGGUGUUGUAGUAGCUGUUGGCCCCGGUGCACGUAAUGAGGCAGGUAAUCACAUCCCUCUGCAAGUAAAAGUUGGAGACACAGUCCUGCUUCCAGAGUAUGGUGGCACCAAGGUGUCACUCAGUGAUGAGCAGGAGAUGCAUCUCUACAGGGAAUCUGACAUUUUAGCAAAGAUUGAUGCCUAAAUAUGUGCUGUAAGCACUUGUUUAAAUUUAUGUGACAGCCAGAGUUAUUCCAGAAAAAGAAAGAAGGGGGACUGAUACCAAAUAUCAUGAAUGUCUUCAGCUUGUACUAAAUUUGUGAAUGGGAUUCUGAUGUUUGCUACUGCCCGGUGUAAAUUGCGUUUGUUUGGAAGGUUGUUGUUAAAUUGGCCAAACAAAUUUUGUAUAAUUAGUGCACAUAGUCAUUUUGUGUUGUUAACAUGAAACAAUUUUUCCAUAUUGAGAAAUAAUAAAGAUGCAUUUAUAUUACAA